AUGUCCCCCAGCGUCCACCUGGUCACUAAGCAAGACAAACUUCCAGAUGGUAGAAGCUUUACAAGCCAAACUCUUAUCGAUUUGGAGCAUCAGUAUGGAGCCCACAAUUAUCACCCGCUCCCUGUUGUCUUUGAUCGAGCCGAAGGAUGUGCAGUAUGGGAUCCAGAGGGAAAUCGGUACAUCGAUUGUCUUUCGGCCUAUUCAGCCGUCAACCAAGGCCACUGUCACCCAAAGAUAUUAAAAGCGUUAGUCGAUCAAGCGGGUCGUCUAACACUCUCAUCCAGAGCCUUUCACAACUCGGCGCUAGGACCAUACCUCGCAAAACUUUGCUCGACGUUUGGGUAUCAAAGAGCUUUACCUAUGAACACAGGAGUCGAAGCUGUUGAGACCGCACUCAAGCUAGCUCGCAAAUGGGCUUACACGAAAAAGGGGGUCCCCGAAGGUCAAGCAAUAAUCUUGAGCGUCGAGGGGAACUUUCAUGGCAGGACCUUAGGUGUAAUUGGAAUGAGUACUGAUCCCGAUUCCCGCAAUGCCUUUGGGCCAUUCUUAAAAGGUAUCGGUUCGAGCUGCCCAAUUAGCCCUCCGAACGAGGCUGAAGGAAGGUUAUUGAAAUACAAUAACUUUAACGAUAUUGAGCGUGCCCUACAAGCGCAUGGAAGAAAUACUGCCGCGGUUUUACUAGAGCCUAUUCAAGGUGAAGCAGGGGUUGUUGUUCCAGACGAUGACUACCUCCCGAAAGUUAAGGCUUUAUGUACGCUACACAACGUGCUAUUGAUAUUGGAUGAAGUACAAACUGGACUUGGUCGAACAGGAAAGCUUCUAUGUCAACAUCAUUCGAAUGUUCGAGCUGAUAUUACUACUCUCGGGAAGGCUUUAUCCGGGGGAUUUUAUCCAGUCUCAGUGGUUUUAGCGGAUGAAAAUAUUAUGGACGUCAUUAAGCCCGGAGAACAUGGGUCUACAUUCGGUGGGAACCCAUUAGGCUGCGCAGUAGCAGUCGCGGCAUUGGAUGUGUUGCUUGACGAGAACUUGGCAGAGAGGGCCGAGGAAAUGGGGCAGAUGAUGAGAGAUGGUCUCCUGGAAUUGAAAUCGAUUCGACCAUCAGCAGAUAGUCCAACAGGUUAUAUUCAGACCGUCCGAGGAAAAGGUUUAUUGAAUGCGAUUGUCAUUGAUUCAAGUUUAUCUCCCAAGAAAAGGGGGGCAUGGGAGCUUUGCUUAUUGAUGAAAUCGCGAGGUGUUCUGGCCAAGCCAACGCAUUCGAAUAUCAUCAGAUUGGCACCACCCUUGAUAAUCGGAGCGGAGGAAGUUAAACAAGUUGUUAAGGUUAUCGCCGAGUGUUUAAAAGAUUUAGAUCAAGUCGAUCAAAUAGUCGAAUAA